AUGAGUACAAACACUACAGCAUCUGCGGGAUCAGCAGGCCAAAACCAGCAAUCCCCUCCUCAAUCACAACAAAGCCAAAACACAUCAAACCAUCAAGGAUUUGCUGCUGGUCCUCAGAUAGAAACAGAUGACCAGAAAGAUAUCCCAAGAGAUGUCCGUCUAUUACAUCUACUACUUGCUUCACAAUCUAUCCAUCAAUACGAGGACCAAGUUCCUCUGCAAUUGAUGGAUUUUGCCCAUAGAUAUACCACAUCUGUAUUAAAAGACGCCAUAGUCUAUAGUGAUUACGCUGAACAUGCUAACCCUAACGCAUCAAAUACUAAUGGUGGGUCUGGUGGUAGCACUGCUAAUAACAAUUCAAACCAUAGUCCUACUUUGACAGUAGAAGAUAUACGGUUGGCAAUUGCUGCAAGAACUCAAUACCAAUUCAAACCAACUGCUCCAAAGGAAUUAUUAUUGCAAUUAGCUGCUGAUAGAAAUAAAAAGGCUUUACCACAAGUCAUGGGUACAUGGGGUGUUAGGUUACCACCUGAAAAGUACUGUUUAACUGCCAAAGAAUGGGAACUUGACAGCGACAAGACUAAAUCUACGACGUGA